AUGCCUGAUGAACAAUGGGUGUAUCAGCUGGAGAAGCAAGAACAGCGUACAGUGGCUCUAUCGUCUACGGAAGCCGAGUACAUGGCGCUGACAGAAGCCACACAAGAAGCAGCAUGGCUUAAGGCAUUUUUGUGUGAGAUUGGUGAAAUGAAGAACGACGAAGCUGCCAAGAUCUAUGAAGAUAACCAAGGUUCCCUUGCUUUGGCCAAGAACCCCGAAUUCCAUAAAAGACGAAACAUAUCGACAUCCGGUAUCACUUCGUGCGCGAGAAGGUAG